GGUGUCGGCAUGAAUAAAAACGAUGAUAACAACAAAUACAAUCCAACUCAGGUUUCCACAGAUCAUAUACAAACACCAACCAACGAAACAUACCCUUGUCAGUUUGGAAGUGAAUGUAUGCCAUAUUACCAAUGCGCAAAAGGAACGAUUAUCACUGAUGGUGAAGGCGUAUUAGAUAUUCGUUUUGGUCAAGAGGAGAAUAUCGAUCCGCAGCGUCAUCCAUGCCCGGGCCUCUUUAACACAUGUUGUUCACUGCGUGCUGAAACGCCAAAUAUUCCAAAAAUACCAGUGAAUGUGGGCUGUGGAAUUCGAAAUAUUAACGGUGUUGGUUUUACAAUUAGCGGUGCAAUGGAUGGGGAAGCUCAAUUUGGUGAGUUUCCAUGGACAAUUGCCAUAACAGAAGAAAGCAGAAUAUAUAACGACCAGGUCAUCAAAGUUUACAUUUGUGGUGGUUCUCUAAUUGAGCCGGGUGUCGUUUUAACUGCUGCUCAUUGCGUUCAUAAAAUAAGUCCAAAAUUCUUAAGAGUUCGUGCUGGCGAAUGGGAUACGCAGACCAGAAAUGAAAUAUUUCAACAUCAGGACCGUACUGUAGCCGAUUAUGUUAUUCAUCCGGAUUUCAACAGCCAAAAUAUGCACAAUGAUGUUGCCCUGCUUUUCUUAACGCAGCCAUUUGAAUUGGCUCCACAUAUAAACACCAUUUGCUUGCCGAAUUCGGGUGAUGUUUUCGAUCAUGCAAGAUGCUUCGCCAGUGGAUGGGGCAAAGAUCUAUUUGGUAAGGAUGGAAAAUAUCAAGUGAUCUUAAAACGAGUUGAAGUACCGAUUGUACCCCAUUACCCUUGCCAGCAGAAAUUGAGACAAACAAAAGUAGGCACAUAUUUCAGAUUAAAUAGGACCUUCGUGUGCGCUGGAGGCGAAGGUCAUGGUGACACCUGUAAGGGAGACGGUGGAAGUCCACUAGCUUGUCCAGUCUCAAAUGGUCGAUUUGUGCAAACUGGUAUUGUCUCUUGGGGCAUAGGAUGUAAUAACACAACGCCAGGAGUUUAUGUGAAUGUGGCAAAAUUCAGACAGUGGAUAGAUGAACAAUUGGUGAUGAAUAAUUUUGACACAAAUUCGUAUUUGUUACAAUAGAAUAACAAUAACGAAGACAAGAUCCAGUAAAAUUGAUUAAAAAAAAAUCGAGAUGACCAACUCAAUCAAAAUCUCUCACUCUUUAAAUGAAAUAUGAAAAAACCCAAUGACGUCAAUUUAUUUAUUAUGAUUCCGAAUACUGAAUUCAAGACACAUACACUUUGAAAACAAUCGAUUUUUGGUAUUUCCCUUGACACCUUAUCAAUUACUUCAGAAUUAACUUUUAAUAUAAAUAAUGAGUUUGGAGUUUAUGCGUAUCCAUUUUUGAACAAAAAAUAAAGAUCUUGACAACGAUAAGAAAAGAAAAAAAACUGUUUUGAAAGUCAUUUGGUGGACUGUCAUCGCCCGAGAUUUGCUUUACAAGAUAAUUAGCUUAAGAAGACAGUUAGGCGGCCACUUUAAGCUGUCAAAAGAAUGCAUGAAGACUAGUGCAAAAGAUUCAAAAAUAUACACAAAAGCCGCCUUACCGAGUCAUUCGAAUUAGAAAAUUCAAUGAAAAAAGUUUUAUUUCCGUUUUAAUCAAUGAACCAUUUUAUUUAUAAUAAACCACUUUAGCCGAAAUUGAUUUAUAUGUAUUAUAUUUACAUUGUACACGAACGUUCUG